AUCGGACAAUGUCGCCUCGUUGUCGGAAUUGGUCGCGUUCUGUUCGACUGUUCGGAAAAGUUGAUGACUGCCGAAGAAGAUAAAAUUUCGUCAAAAUAGAACGAUAGGCAUGAUCAAACUUGAUUGUUGAUGUUUUAUACGAAUACUUUUAAAAAUUCUUAUCCAGUUUUAAUCACAUUUUGCUAGAAAUAAAGCCAAAGUGAUAAUCGCUCCAACGUUUGGCCACUAAUCCAAGGCAAUAUAUUCAUUUCCGCUCGCGAAAACCAACGUGUUUUGUUGUUGCUGCGAAGGGAAGUGUCUUGAGAUUGGGCGGAUAUUACGCGUUCAUCUUCGAAAUACCUCGUUUUAAAGGACGACGAUCGCUUCCUCAAAGACUCUAAUCUGCUUAGGUAAGUUUUCUGUCCAUUCCUACGUUCUCUUCCUUUCCUAAAUAUUAGUAGAACCCGUUUAAUCGCAUCGGUAGGUGUUCGUGCGCUGCAAUGUUGCAUUUCAAAGGAAGUUGCUCACAGGAAGCUAGGCUAGCUUGGCUCUGUGUGGCGGGUUGCUCCGUUGCUGAAUCUGCGAUCAUUCUUCGUAAUCAUUUAUAUGGCACGUUAUUCCAUGUUUGUAUCAAAUCUUCGUAGAGGGGCUUUCUUCCUACGGAGAAAAUACUGCCUUCUGUGUGAUCGCAAAUAUUAAUAACAAUCGAAGCAUAGGUACAUAAACCACCGUAGCAUGAACGGCAGUAUUGAUAUAUUUUGUACCAAGUGUGAACAAGGAUUUGAAAUAUGUUGGGAACACAUUUGUUUGCUUGUUCUAGUGAGCCUUCUCUGUGAAUCUUCUAUGUAAUUUAGAAAGCUUUUUGCUUUGAAAUGUGUAGCAACUUCGCGUAUACAAAAGUAUCAUGAUUCCAAACAAAACUUGUCAGUUUUUUAUUUGUUUAUAUCAAGGGAAAAUGGGCAGCCAUUAUUGGUUGUUCCUUUUCUACAAUCAUCAUUCUUGCAACCUGAGUUGUAAAUAUAAUCCAGUAUGGAAUAUAAGUGCUGUGCACCAGACAUUUCCAGCUAUACAGUAAUAUAUUUACUAGUAUUUGGUGCACAAUGUCUGGUGCACAAAAAAUGUCAUUUCAUACAAAGAAACAUUGGGGCCGUUUGUAUGAGCAAAAAUAAGCCACGGCCUAAAUGAGCUGCAGCUUAAUUAAAUAAGUCGCGAGCGACUUGUAUAAACAGUCAAUUUGUUUACAAGCUACAGCUAAAAUAAACCCGAGGUUGAAAGCUGCAGCUUAUUGCAAAUUGACUGUUUAUAUAUGAGCUGUCGUUCACUCAGCCAAAAUGCUGCAGCUUGUUGUUGCUCAUAUAAAUUAAUGGCCCUAUUCAGCACAUAUCCAAUGAUGCAAUUAUCCGAGCUGUAGUUUGUUGGCUACAGUAACUGAUUAGAAAUAAUCAGGACAUUUUCAAAAUAGAUUUAUGGGGGUUUCACAAUUCAAAACUGAAAUGAUGAACACCAAAGAGUGGGAGCUAGCAUGCACCCAGCAUUUCGGGACUUGGGUUUUAGUAAAACGGUCUGCAGAAUGAAACAGAUGAUCCAAAAGCCCAGCAUGGUCCUGAGGACAAUUUUUCGAGGCAAACCUGAAAAUGACAUUUCCAGCCAGAGUCUGUAUGAUCAGGAGUGUAAGUUUGGACGAAGCCUGCCCCUGGUCCUACCGGAAUUGGGUGCCCCAAGCAGUGGCAUGCUGGGUACUAUUUUUCUGGAGGGGCCAGUGGGCUUUCAACCAAUAUGCGCUCCUAUAACUUUACGCUUGAUAAACGAGGGCCGAAGGCACGAGCCGAGCGCCGCAGGUGCGCUCAGGUUUGUCUAGGGGGUCCGGGCCAUGCCCCCCCUGGAAAAUUUUUGAAUUUAGAGUCUCUGAAAUGCCAUUUCCUGGACUUUGGGGGAAAUCAGAUGGUCAGGAAACGCAUUUGACAGAAAUCUGAUGGUCAGGAAACGCAUUAUAACGUGUCGAAAAUUUGCAAUUUGGUUAGAAUUUAGUAGUAGUUCUUAAAUUAUGUAAUGCUAACUACUUCCAGCGAUUAAUCUAAUCCCAAUUCUGUUCUCUACUGAUCUACUGUUCUGAACACAUUUACAACUUACAGCGCUUUUAUACAAUAACACACGCACCACACGCAUAUGCAUUUUAAGGUUUCCUUGCCUGGCUGCCAAAAGGGCGUGUUUCAGCAUUAUUUCAUUACUUACAUUAUUCAUGUUGUUUCUUGCGCAAACAACUAAAUUGCGUACACAACUUUACAUCAGUUAUCAUAACUUCAACUAUCUAAUUUGCACCGCUCUCGUGAUUCAUGAAGCAUAAUAAAGGGCAUAUAUAUAAUAUAAGGGCAUAUAAUACCAGCAAAAAAGGUCAUAAUUCCCGUGAUCACCAAUAUUCCGGUAAUGAGACAUUGCGUGUGAUCACUGAUCAUGUUUCUAUAGACUCUAUAUGAACGAUUUCGUGUGAGCUGUAAGGUAGCAAAUUAGCAAAUAGGGUUACACAAAAUAGUCUGUAAUUUAAUGUAUGACUUAGUCUGUUUACAAACAUAAAAACCCAUCUUUUCUUGGCGGAAGUAACUAUAUUUUUUCGAAUGCGUUUAUCCCACCCACUUUCAAAAUUCGGCGCCCCCUUUUCAUUUUUGCGCCCCUCAAGAAUUGCCAGCUGGGGGGGCAUGGCCCCCGGCCCCCCCUGCCAGCACGCCACUGGCCCCAAGGCAGGGGUAUCCUAGAUCCUUUUGAAGUACCAUGAAGCUCUUACAAUAAUAAUAUGAACAUUUUGCUGGUCGUUUAGAAGCAAAUUUUAAUGGUAUCUUGAACUGGAAACAUAAAUAUAUAGUAAAAUAUAUAACAAAAAACCACAACUAUGCAGAAAUAACACCAUGCAGAAAUUGUUUUUGACAUAAACAGUGAAUUGUUUGCCACUGUACUUAUGCACGUACAACCUUAGAUGAACAAGGCCCCCGGACAACUCAGUUCAGGGUGCCCCCUGGAAGCCUGGGUGCCCCCGGCUCUUACCGGGUAGAGCUCAUAGGAGUUACGCCACUGCGUAUGAUUCACUGUUUCUCGAAUAAACUCUUUCGUAACCAUUUUUUAUGGGCAUAUGUAUGUAGCAGGGGGGAGGGGGGUUAUUUAUGGGGGCUUACAGAGUUACUGUAUAUAUGGACAACAUUUGAUGUUUAAGUAAUAAUAUUUACAGUAUUCUGCCUGUAAACUAUAUAUACCGUGAACGAAAAGAAAUAUAUUGAACAUACAUGUACACAUAAUAAAACCAGUUGGUUAACAUGUUAUUAUAAUACUGUAAUGUAAUUAUUGUUACGUCCUCUGAGCUGUUGAAAAAUAUGUGUCACUGCCUUUAAAAAAUAAAUACCUAUAUAGCUUUCCAAUAAUUAGCCCAUGGGCUUAUGCUGUACACAGGGGGGUUUAUAUUGGAGGGGAGCUUUUAUUAGGAGGUUUAUAAUGGUAAAUCUCUACUCAUUAAAGUUGUCUUACUAAUUAACAGACAUAUACAUAAUUUAUGUACUUUCAAAUAGUUAUUUUCUUAUUUCACUCGAAAUGUCUAACAUGGGGGGGGGGGAGGAGUGGAGGUGGAGAUUUUCAAUGAAUUGAUGAAAAUAAUUAAAUACAACCCGUUCCCCAUGUAUAAAUUGGUGAAAAGUUGUGAUCCUCUCCUCUGGGGCUCAUCCGAAAAUAGUGUAAUCCUCCCUCUGCCAACAGAGGUAUAUUAGCCAGAAUCUUGACUUUGAGGGGCGGGGCCAAAGUAAACAUAAUCAUUUGUUUUGUGACCAAAAUUGAAUAAAAUUGUUGAACUUGGAAAAAGGCUAAAAAUUAGACUUGUUAAUUUAAAAGUAUAAUUAUAUUUAAACCCAUCUCCUCUGUAUUAUGAAACUGGUCUAGACUAUAGUAAUUAGCACUUUAAUAAUUUUGUCCCAACAUGCAUUUCUUUCCCGUGGUGGAUUUAUAUGGGUGCAUGGGGGUGAACAGGGAUGUGCACCCCUGUUGCCUUGAUGCAAGGCAGCUACAUAUACUAUAUGAUGCGCUACAUGCUAUAUCUCGAGACUCUAAAUUGGCUUAUUUUGUUCAGUCGUCACUUCAGUAAUAUUUACUGAGUGAACUCACCAUAAAAAAUCUAGUCACAUACUGGAUUCUGAACGUCAGAAAGUCGGCACCUGAAAUAACGCCUAACUGUCGGACGUUUUCCGACACACAUUGGCAAUUGCUGUUUUAGAGACAAUCUGUUUUAAAUUUUUUCAAAGACAGAUUUAAGUAUCUAAGUCUAAAGACUGGGUAUGAGGAUACUGUAGGAAUUACAGUAUCACAACUAUUCAGAAGUCAAAACAUUCCAUUUACAUAAUUACUGCUGUGAAAAUUACCCAACGGCUGCCGAUCUUACCAAAUCUGAAAAUUUCUGAUCAAAUUUGAAAUUUCACUUUUCUUGGAAUUUUUCCGGACAUUUUUGGACCGUUUUUCAGGCUUUGCCUUUGGACGUGUUCAUUAUUUUAUAAACAGUUAUGUUAAAUUUAUUUAUUUAUUUAGUAAUUUUAAUGUUUUUGUUGAGUGAUAAUUUGUCUUGUUCUAUAUAUGUUAUUUGCCGGCUUCUUCUGACAUGUCAUGCAAUUAACCUUUGUCAAAAAACAAAAACUUUGAACCAAGGUUUAAUAUGCUAUGACCUUGAUCAUAAAACAAGACGUGAAUUUGCGCAUGUACACCGUUAGAUAUUACGGACUUUGUGAUUCGCCAAUACCAAAUAUCGAUACUACAAAAAGAUUCGAUAGUUUCCAUCAGUGGCGGAAACUAGGGGGGCGAUCGCCCCCACAAUAAUUUUAGCUAGCUUUCAUUUUGAAAAAUGUAACAUGCGGGCCACGCGCUAUACGUGGCCAAUAAGGAGCUCUCGUAGCCUCAUGACGUUAAAAAUUACGCGUAUACUGUAGAGUGUAGGUGCACUUUUACCUUAAGAAUCGAUUUCUGGCAUUUCCAGAGUCAUACGAUAGAAACGUCGCAUUCUUUUGACGUUUUGAAAAUGUAUUUCCGGUUGGGAUUAGCUCACAGUUGGACCAGAAAUAGGAAUACCGUGAUAAAGAUGCAAAUUUGAAAAUAUAUGCUCGAAAAUGACACUCUAAAUAGUGUUUUUGAUAGCGAGUCGAACAAGACUAUUACAAAGAAGAUACGUCCGAAGGGGCUGAAGUUAUGUUCGGGGAAAGGUAUGGCUAGUCUAUAUUAUUAUGAUCUCGCUUGACUUUCAAAGGCCAUAAAUCGCUACAAUGUUGGCAGUGACAAACUAUCGUGAGGAAUUAGUUGAUGUUGUUUCACUGAAUCGAAUGGUGGUAUUAUUGUCUUCAUAGCAUCCACUGAACCGAAGAUAUAAACAUACCGGUACAAAGUCGUCAGCUUCUAGAAGUUGACAUGCGUGGGACUUGUUGAGAAAGAGUUAAACCACCUUGCAAUUCCAUUCACAAAUGUAUUUAAUCAUCUAGAAUAUUUUCUCUGAUUUAUGCUUAGCAUAUGAUAUAACAUUAUAACAAAAUGCACCAUUAAAUUGUUUUGAAAACCUGAAAUUUCUUACAAAAUGUGCUCUCAGAAUGCUGCAAAUGAAAUUACAGAAAUUUGCUGCAAAUGCCAUUUCAUAUCCAAAUUUUAAAAAAUUUUCUGGGGGAGCAUUCCCCCAUACCACCUAAGAAACCUCGCCCCCUCCCCCCAAUAUUUCGCAAAGUUUCCGCCACUGAUUUCGAUACUUGGGAAAAGUAUUGGUAAUUUUGAUACGAAUUGGGCCUGCGAUUUUGUCAGCAUUUAAAAAUCACAGAAAUGUAGUGCGUUUUUCAAGCAGUAAUGCAUAGUCACAGGCCUUCCAGGGUGACUGGGUCGGUGGGCCUAGCGAAAUGAUCAGCAGUUGUUUCCAUCUACCAAACUGACGUGACGUCAUUUUCGGCAGAUGGAAGAGGUGUUAAAUGGCUAUGUAUAUAGUAGAGAAAUGCAAAUGGUAUGGAUUCAACAGCCUGAAUAAUACAUUAAUUACAAGUAAAACUUCGAAGUUUCGAGCGAAGACCCUUCGUCGGGAAGUUAGCUGACCUACGCUGGCACAACCGUCCAGAUUUAUAUUGCGUUUGCUUUAAAAUGGUGCUUCGCGCGGUUAUUAGAGUGUCUGUUAGGAGAGAGGUUUGACUGUACCGUACUACUUUAAAACCCCUAAACAGGCUCGUUCAUCAUCUUACAGAUAAUUUUGUGGUGAAGACCAAAACCUCUCAUGGAUCCUGCCCAGUUAUCAGAUUCUGCAAACCUACUGUUAUCGGCCACUGGUGUGCUUACUCCUGUCUCGCAAGUGCUGACAAUAGCUGUAGAUAAAGAUUCAGAUGAAGUCGAGACAUUACCACAAGCUGAGACUCAGAUUGAAGUGCGAGUUGGUGAACCUGAGGAAAAACUACAGGAGGAAUCUGUAGCCACCUUGCCUGACGAGCAGUUGAGCACCAUAUUAGCUGGUAAAAGUCUUGCAACAGAGACAUUUUCUAGCAAGCCCAUGGACAGAACAAUACCUGCGUUGACAGAAUCACAAAGUGCCAUGGCAGCCGAUAAUGUGCAAUUUGUUAUCGUGAGAGUAAAAGCAUCAGAACCCGUAGGACUGGUCAGAAAGUUGGUUGCUGAUUCUAUACAUGUACCAGUGGAGACAUGUACUGUGUUUCACAGAGACCUUCAGGUUAGUGAAUUUUCUUGUUUCCACGCUGUGGAUAGGUAAAGUUUACCACAUGUAAACCUGACUCUUAAAAAGUUUAGUUAAAAAGUUUUAGUACUUUAGUUUUAGUCUAAAAGUUUUAAUACUCUUAUUUAUUAUGCUUGUUAACGUUCGAAAAGAAAUAUAUUGUUAAGUGGAAUUUGAGUAUGAAUUCAAAGGCGGGGGGUGUGUUUGUAAUAGUGGCACAGUAUUCAGACUAGCGUUCAAAUGUAGUUACACUGGGCCAAUACAGACGUGAUUGCCCUUAAGGUUGUAAACAGGACACCCUUUUUGGCGUUUUGCGGAAAAUCGCUACUGCGCGCUCAAAAUCAGUCCGAUUUUCAUCAAAUUUUCACCAAAUGUUAGCCAGUGCAUGCAAAAUAUGAUAAAGUUGUAAAAUUGACAAACAAUAAAAUAAUGUAAGAAUUAUUCAGGAAAAUCUUAAGUCGCGGUUCCUUUACGCUUUUGAGUUAUGUUCCUGCUGGUUGUUAGCCUGCCAACAGGCUCUCAAGCUGAAUUGAGAGCCUGCAUCGAUGAUUAAUGAAUUUGAAUAUCUGCCCCGUAACGUUCGUUUUUCCAAAUAUGGAAUGUCUAUCCUUAUAUGGUGUUGUUUACAACUUUCGUGCAAACUAAAUUUAGACCGUACAGUUUAUACUGUUUUUCGAAAUAUAAGAUAUUCAAGCGAAAGUUCAAAUGUUUUAAAUAUUGUUUUCUCAAAACAGAACAUUUUGUGCUUUGAGAUAAGACGGCCAAGACCAAUUUGAUCAGUUAAUGUGUUUUUUAUGCAUAAUGCUCUUAGCAGUUGACAUAUAGAGCACAGCGGAAACAUAUAAAUUAUAGCAUCUGACCAAUGAGAAUUUCGCGUCGUGAUUUGAGACGCAGAUAUUCAAAUUCAUUAGUCAUCGAUGCAGGCUCUCAAUUCAGCUUGAGAGCCUGUUCGCAGGCUAGCUGGUUGUAAGAUAUAUUUAUGAAAAUAUCAUUUUUAUACAGUAAAAUAGUUGUUCUAAAAAAUUGUGUUCGGAAAUUUUUGUUUAUGUCGUCAUUCCGCUGAUAUGGCGAUUUUUUUGACGACUGCAAUAUAUUUCUGAAUCAUCCCAUCACAUGAAUCUCCUUAUUAUUAAAAUAUCCAAAAUUAGAACAAAGCCGAACACAAUUUUGAAACUGACGUCUUUAGCUAUGUCCUGUGAAAAUUUGAGAAAAAUUCGUUAAAACCCGCAGGAGCACAACUCGUUUAAAAAUCAGUAAUUGCCGUAAAAUUCUUCGGGAGAAAAUUGAAUUUGAAUAUUACAUUUUCAAUGUUUUUCUUAUUGCAAGCGAAAUGUAUUUUAUUAAAUAACUCCGACAGUGUGAGUUUUCAACAUUUUUCGUCCAAACUUGGUCAAAGGCAAACUUAACACUCAAAGGUGUUCUGUAACCUUAAUGAAACUCUCAAGAGAGCAGAUGAGUACAGUACGUCUGAUAGAUCUACUGUGUCCAAUAUAUUAAAAUUAGUUUAGUUUAGAAUCUAAUGAUUGUGGUGUUGGAACUCUGAGUGGCUGCACGGCCGGGUAAGCUGCAAAAUUGCUCGACCAUGAUGGGAAUCAAACCCGCGACCUUUGAUGUGCUUGCUCAUUUGCUAGUAGGGUUUCCACUAUUUAGUGAAAUUCAAGGAUUUUUCCUGGACUAUCAAGGACAUUUUUCAGUUAAUUCAAAAGACCUAAAGACGGAUUUUACUUUUUGAAACACUACUUUUUAUUGAAAAGCAGUAGUCUAAAUAAGUGUUCAAGUAUUGUCAGCACAGUUGAAAAGAAAUUCCAGAACAUUCAAGGACUGGAUUUUUUCAAAGACUUUCCGGGAUUUUUCCAGGACCGUUGACACCCUGUGCUAGAGCAUUGGACUAGGAAACCAAAAGUCGCGGGUUCGAAUCCCACCGCGAUGAAGCAAUUUUUCAGCUAGCCCAGUGACGAACUUGAGUAGCGUCAUCUAAAAUAGGUUGCCUUUUUUAUAUUGACGUAUAGUUAUUUUGUAACCUGCUACUUUUUCUCUUGUUAAGAUGGACGAUGCCUUGGCAAUUGGUACUCACUGUGGCAGUUUGGAUGGAACAGUUACAUUGAACAUUCAAAUUAAAAAUGGUAUGAACGUGAUUACAAUGUAAUACGAUUUUGAGAAUUUUUAUGGAAAAAGUUUAUGUAAUAUUUUGGAAUUUCAAUUAGUCUGGGCAUUUUGGGACAAUUCCAGUCCUUAGGGCGAGAGGAUGCCUGACCAUUCAGGCUAUUGAACUAAAAUCUCAUUUAGUCAUCAUUUUCGGGUCAGGAAUCAUCUCAAACUCAAUAAUUCACGAGGAAAUCAGGCCAGGUUGCUUUAUUUUGCUUACUGCAUCAGUCCAGGACUCAAUCAAAAUUAAUUCAGUCCCAAGACUGGAUCAAAAUUAAUUCUGUCCCAGGACAGGAACAAAAUUAUUUCAGCCUUGGGCUGGUAUAUUAUGGAUGGGAUUAAUAUAUCUUAUGCAUAUCUUGUUACUAUAGUUUCAGAAAAUGGCGAAACUACAAAAAGAAUGGAUAUCGUCGCCAUUCAUUUAGCAGAGGCUGUGCCUGAGAAUAACAAUCCAGGUCAGUAUAGUAUAUCUUGAUUAGUUAAUCGAUACCUUCAUGCAUCACUUAGUAAUAGAUUGCGAAUGCAUAUUUACCAAGUAUAGACCCAUUGCACUGACGUCACAAGUCCUUAGAGUGUCCUCCAGAUGCUACCUAAAAAAUAUCUGAUCGGGUACAACAACCACAUACAGCGCAAAAACCAACCAUUUUAAUACAAAAUUAUUAUAAAGUUUUUCAAAAUUUGCUUUGUUUACAGAAGUUAUAUUAUGCAUAGAUUGCUAAUUUGUCCUCCAGAUGCAUCGUCACCGGCGCUGUGACGUCAUGUGCAAUGGGUCUAUACUAGGUAUAUAGCCAGUGGCUUUGAAAGAGUGAGAGACCUAUAGGAAUCUGGUACCAAAUAUCACAAUUCACGAGCAUUGUUUAGGAGCAAGUGGCAAGCAUACAAUCACACCCAUAGAACGUAAUUGUCAUAUUAAUGACUAUUAAAUAAAACUUAAGCUAAAGUUAGCAAUAUCUAGCAAGCAAUAUAUGAUUCUGUAUACAAUGUAUGCCAAUGAUGCCACAACAUUCGCAUUUUAUACAAUCUGUUUUGUUGUGUACGAUUCCUUACAGCUCUACUGAUAAAAUAUUUUAAACAAUCAGAAUUGAUAGUUAUACUGUACAUUAAACAACAACACUGAUCAACAUGAUUAAUUGAUUAUCCUAGAAAAAGUAUCUAAUGUCAGUCGACUCAGUCUAAUUGCACGACUCGGGCCUCUUUAUUCAUUUUACUGAAACUCUUUGGCAUACUGUAUACAUGUUGAAAAUUUCGCCGCCGCCCCCAACCCACCCCCACCUCCAGUGAGGAGAGAAUACUAUUACAUGAAAACAUUGAUAGCCUCUACCAAUGUUUUCAUGAUUGUAAAAUUGUUGUUACAGCUGAAUUACCUAUAGUCAUUCAGCUACCGUUCAAAGGCCUUCAAAAAUUAUUGCGGAGGGGGGGGGGGGGAUUGCCCCCAACAGUGUCCGCCACUAUACAGUACAUAGUGAGUAAUGAAGAACAUUGGUUUUCUUUGAUGUAUCGCGGGUUGUGAAAAGCAUAAAGCUCUAUGAAUGUCAAUUAGAUAGAAAUCAAUUACUAUGUAGCCAAAUCUUUCUGCAGCUUUCAAUCUGAAUGAUGCCAAUAAAGAUGAAAUCAAGACAGAAAAGAUUGCAGGUCCAACUCCAGCUAAACGAAAAAGAAAGUCAUCAAGUGGUAAAGGUAAGCUUCAGAACCACAUUAAAUUUUUGUUAAACGCAAAUUGUUUCGCAAUGAAUUUUUGAAAUGUUGAAGUGACCAUAUUCCGUAAUACGUUCUUUGAAUGUUUGUAUGGCGAUAUUACAAUAUACGUUUCGACUUGUCGAAAAUACCACGUAUCUUACUUGUUGCAAUGCUUUCGAUAUAUUAAUUAAUAGCACGAAUGAACAUCCAGGCCAUAUGGGUCGAAAGCUUUGCAUUAAUAUGUAUUUAUAUAUAUACGUAACGUGGUGUUUUCCACAAACCAAAACAUUAUGUUGGUAUUUAUAUCUACACGAGUUUGGUAAAGCAAACUGACGUUUAUUUGUAACUCUUUUAGUGAACAUUAAAUCCCCAACCACGGCUAUGGCAAUAGCCAAAACAAUUGGCGAUGGUCUUAUCACGAGCCCAACUGGUAAGUACAUUUUACAGUAGUUGUAAUGGUAUUCUAUGUGGAAGAUGGUCCCAUGCAGUUGUAAGAAGGGACCUUGUCCAAAGGUUUUACCAGGAGUUAAGUUCUUCAUGGACAGUCGAGAGGAAUGGACUGGAAACACUAAUGCAAAAAGCUGUCGUCAUUCGCGCGACAUCCAUGAUAUGGACUAUAGCCCUCUAACCCUGUAAUAUAAGAGGAAUAUACAAUACAACAUUAUAUAAUUCAGUCCUUGGACUGGAUCAAAAUUCCUUCACCUCACUUUAAGUAUAAUGAUUUAUUCGUAUGAGGUGUCAUUUCAAAUCCUCCAAUACGGACUGGACUUAGAUUUCAAAUUGCGCGGACUUAAAAUCUAGUCCAGUCCUAUAGUCGAUUAUUUGAACUUCACGAAACUGUUAUUAACUGUGUGUGCCUUUCAUUUUAUAUUUGGCAAAAAUAGCCGGCGAACUGCCAUGAUAAUAGAGGUCUUAAGAUUGCUGUUUUUCUCGUUUCCUUGCCAUCUUGUUUAACGUUUGAGAUUCACGUUUUAACUGCUAGAAUACGAUCUUGAGGUUCGUGAAAUACGACAGCAUCUUUUACUGUAUGCAUGGUGUAAUCACACGUUCAAAGCUCAAAUUUACUUUUUUCCUAUCAUGUACUAAUUACUUUAGAACAUUUUUUAUGUAUCUCUCAGGAACGGGAUUUUUGAAACCAGAGUGUGGUUAUGUAUAAAAAAACAUGGCUUCGUCCUAUCCUGUAUAAUUUUCGCCAUCUUAACUCUGAAAAACGAUUCACGGACGUCGUUUAUUUAACAACGUCCGUGAAACUUCAAACAGCAAACCGCUAGCCGAGGUUUACGGUUUACAGCGAAAACGUCAAUCUUAAAAUCUCUAAUUUAAUAUAGGCGUACAACAAAUCAGCCAUUGGUAUUGUCAAAGCGAGCGAGAUAUCACAGAUAGCACUGCGAAAAACACACUUGGCGUUUCCAGCCCAUUUUUCUCGAUUAUCUAUGCUGCUCUCAAUUCCUGCGUACCGCAUCACAUGAUCAUUCCCGAGCCGACGGCGCCAAGCGCCGUGCGAGGGUACUGAUUCCCCCCGGCUAUUUACACCCGGGGAAACGAAAGCAUUAGCGAAGUCUAAAGUUCAUCAAUUUUCGCGGGCGUGGGUCACCAACGAUGUUGGGGUGUUGGGUGGGUGGUCAUCCUCACUGAUCUCAAAAAUAUGGCGGACUGUCAUGAAUAGCGGACACUGAUUGGUCCAAUUUAAAGUUUGCAUUAUAACGACUGCAUGACGACAGCGAAAUAGCAAACAUUUCUUGAUUUGUCAUUUGAUGAUUGAUAAAUUUCUUGCAAAUAUAUUUCAUUUUUGCUCGCAUUUUUGCAAGAUUUUGUAAAUUUAAAGAAAGAAAGGGCGAAAGAAUCGGCUAAAAGAAGGAGCCGACGUUAACGAAGGUAAGUUUGUUUUGAUAUUGAUUUUAUAAUUAUUUAAAACCCAACGGCCUUUGCGUAUAUGAAACAACUAAACAAGACAGCAUAUAAUUUCAUUGUAUCUUUAAUAUUGAUUCCCUUUUUUAUGAUAUUGAAUUUUUUAAAUAAAAAAGAAAGCAAAGUUAUUUGCAAGCGAGAAUUUGAAAUAAGUUUAUUGCAAACUCAAAGUUUAUCGAUAAAGCCAUUUUAAAAGGCAGUUUUGUUUUAUAAAGAACACUAAUGACUUUAAAACGUUUUGCGAAGCGUUUGUGGUUGAAUUUUACCUUAAAUUGAGGCUUAUAUUACGUAUAAUAGCAUACCUAACAUAUAUAUGUUGGGAAAUUAAUAAUUUUGUAAUUAAAAGUGAUAUUUUUUAAUUUUUAGGGACGGACCAUUAGAUAUUUGAGGGGGUGGUUGCAGAAAUAAAAAAACAACGAGCAAGCCUUUAUCCUUAAAAAAAAAAAAAAAAAAAAAAAACGUGCGAGAAGAAAACUUGAAAAAAAAAUUCGUGCAAGCAUCCAUCCUAUGCCAGUAAACUCCAAUUCCUGGACCCCUAUUUGGAACUUCUGAAUAUAAAAUAUGAAGAAUACAUAGAUUGCCGAGACAAUCCUGAUGAUCACCCACCAUUGCAUUAUGCAAAGCUUCAAAAUUUGUGAAGGCACAGGAGUUUUAAAAAUUUAAUAAGGCGACGAAACCUGCGAACGGGGAUACAGGCUGUAUGGCCUGCAGAGGAAGUAGGGAUAUACUUUGGGUCCUAGGAGUCCUAGCCCCUAGGGCUAUGCCCAACCCCACACGUAGAUUCAUUAUAGCUGCAAGAUAUGAAGUACAUACUAGAGAGUGUUCGACAACCACCGAGUCUGAGAGCGCGGAUAAUCUGCCUUGAUUUGUUGCAUAUUAAUAAAUCAAUUAAUACCACAGAGUAAACACAUUUGUUUAUUCUGUGGUAAUACAGAAGCCCGGAACAGGUCUUCAGAUUUCCGACCAGCUUGCCGCCACUUCUGGCUUCCAUCUCUCUAGCUACCUGUACCUCAUGUCAAAGAUGGUGUAGAUGAAUGUGGAUAAGUACACGCCUUAAAAUUAUGACCUGUUAAUUCUUAAUUAUUAAAUCAGGACCUGUAUUUUUGUUCAAAGCCAAUCGUCUACAGUUUGUAUCUCUAUGUAACUGAUUAAUAUUUGAAACUUUGCCGGAAACAGUGGCGUAGCAAUGGGGCGACCGCCCCCAAUCGCCACAAAAACCUUUCUCUCAAAAGGCUAAAUCCGUGAAAUGGGGGGGGUACACGUCACAUGCUCGAAGUUGAAACUGUUUAGGUAUGUCUCGAGUGAGGAAAAAGACGAUAUACUGGAGGAACUUGAUUUGUAAAAUCUCUUUAAAGCAUUUAUAGUUUGUAGAUAUGGUUCCAAAAAGAAUAGAUUUAGUUUAGAUUUUUAACUGUUAAUUAAAUACAUGUAUGCAUUAUCAUAGCAUGAAUAUUCCUUCCCAGACUUAUUCUGUAUUGAAUAAAAAGCAACGCAAUUUUGAGAAAGGUGUCUCAUAGAACCUAGAAUGAUUUAAAUGCAACAUUUCUGAUCAAAAUCACAUGCUCCCCCCAGCAUCACAGAGGGGAAAUAAGGUGACACUGACCCCUCCUUCUGUUUUCAAGGUGACGUUUCCAAUUUAUUUAAUUCCGAGUAGAAAUGUCUGGAAAAUUCAUGUCUUCGAUGUACUUUAUAAUCUUCGGAAUUCUGCUAGAUUUCACCCCCAAAAUGCUUCAAAUCGCAUUUCAGGGACUCUAGAUUUCUCACGCCCACCCAAAAGUGAAGGUUUGGCUACGCUACUGGCUGGAAACGAAGCAGUCACUGUCGAAAGGGCCUGUUUACAGUAUCAAAUUUUCUUUCAAAGAUAUUGCAACCUGCCCCUAUUAAAAACUACAAAUAAAAAAAUUCUUGCAAGCGUUUGACUAUUAAAUGAAAAAAAAAGCGUGCACAACAUGUGCGUCCAAAAAAAAAAAUCCUGCAAGGAAAAAAGCUGCAACCACCCCCUCAAAUAUCUAAUGGUCCGUCCCUUAGGCGAUUUUUCAUUUGUAAGAAUAUUCUUAAAAAAUUAUCGUGUUACCAUGACAACUACUUUAGAUACUUCAUGUUCGGAAAAUACAAUGGUUUUGUCGGCAAGGCGAGGGUUUCUGCAUGCAUGCAUGCAUUUUCUAGUAGUCUAAGAUUUUCAACUCAUUUUACUUUUUAUCUAUAGGUGAAAGUUCGGAUGGUCAGCUAACGUCACCGGAAGGACGAACACUGACUGGAAGCCGAAGUGGUAAGUUCAGUUUGUAUGUCUUUCAUGCGUUCAUUGGUAGGUUAGUAUUCAACUUCAGAAAUUUUGUCUCUCGAAAAUCCAUAAAAUGGAAAUUGUAUGGACCUUUAUUGGAAAUAGAAUGGAUUUUUGAUUAUCCAUAAUAAUUUUAUAUUUCCAUACUAUGGAUAUAGUAUCGAAAUAGUAUGGAUAUACUAUGGAUUUAGUGGCGCAAUUGCAAAUCUCAUAGUAUGGAUUUCACAUUUUUUCCCGGUGAUUGUCUUGUUCUAAUAACAGCAUUUGACAAAACGAUUGCAAUCUGCAGCACAAUUAUGCUUAGUGAAAUCUACCUAUAUUACACAUUUCCCACGCUUAAACAGGGGACGUUUUUGAAUUGAAAUAUUUAGUAGGACGUGCAUGUGUGAAUGAUAUACUACUAGCUAGGCUCGUUUCUUCGUUCAAAAAUGUUCGCACUGCUUGUUGCUGCUUGUACCCAGUUGUUGACAAGUACAGGGCACAGGAUAACGGGCGAUAGGUCUCCGGUCAAAAUGACCGGUCAACUUGAUUUUAGCUCGGUCAAAAACAGAUUUUGAUACGGUCAUUGAUACGCUUACACUAACAGUGAAACAAACUAUUAGAAACUUGUUUCGAUACAUCAUAGUUUCAUGUUUUAAUUCAAGAUGUCAGCAAUCACAUUGGAAGGCAUGAAAAUGUGGCUGGUCAAAAUGACCGGCGAGGUAAAAAAGUGACCGGUAAAGAGGCAUUUUUGGCCGGUCAUUGUCCGUUGACCGGCCGUUAUUUUGAGCCCUGCAAGUAUGGCACAAGUUGUUAUCAUCUGGUACAGUAGCAAAGCUUGAUGAGGCCAACAGACUGUUUGCAUGCAUGUAACUAGUUGAUGGCAAGCUCGUACCGACAGUUUGUUACCGUCAUCAAGCUUGUAAAAAGGUGACAACAACUUGUUCCAGACUUGUCAACAAAACUGGGAACAAACGGUGCGAACACUUCCUGUCAACCUUGUUACAGGUACAAAUUGUUUACAGCUUGGGCGUUUUUACGUUGUGUAGUAGGAUAACAUUUUCAUACUGACUCUGAACUUAAACGUUUCCAUUUAUGAAGCAGGCAACAACGGUCAAAUUCAGUUAUGGCAAUUCUUACUACAGCUACUGACCGACAAGGAUAGCAGACAUUUGAUCAUGUGGGUUGGCGAUCAAGGUGAAUUCAAGUUGAACCUCCCAGAGCAGGUUGCCCAAGAAUGGGGAAAGAGAAAGAACAAGCCUGCUAUGAAUUACGAGAAAUUAAGUAGAGCUCUGAGAUAUUAUUAUGAUGGUGAUAUGAUUCAUAAAGUACAUGGCAAGAGGUUUGUCUACAAGUUUGUAUGUGAUCUCAAGAGUUUACUGGGUUAUUCCGCAGCGGAACUUAAUGCUCUUGUUAAUCAGAUGGACACUACUUAUCAUCAGCUGAAUAUCAAUGGACAUCAAACCUGAGUGCUGCGUGUAGUUUAAUGUGUGUAUCAAUAGAAUAGUUCAAUGAACUUUUUUAAUGUAUCAUAGCCCAUCCACUGAUCUGAAAUGUAACUGGAUUAUUUUAUAUACCUACAUUGCGCCAACAUAUCAUCAACUCAAUGUAUACUUGCAGUGUGUAGUUUCAGUGGUGUAAUUUUAGUGGUGUAACUUCCCAUUAUGUAAGUUAGUUAGUUACGACAUAUGGAUCUUGUCCCAAGAAUGAAGUUUAGUCGCCUGGCGGAAAUAAUUGAUUUUAAUAGUAAAUUGCUCAAUAGACACCCGAAUUUGCUUGACUGCACACAUUACUUGCACACUGUAGUUUGAAAUCGAGGCGGACAAUGUAGUGCAUUGUAAAUAAGUAAUUGCAGCGAGCGAAUGCAGAGAUUGUCUAUUCGCAGCAAUUUGUAGGUGAUAACUGUUGCUUUGAGAUGGACAACGUUUUCUGAUAACUAUACCUGUACUGGCCCGACGUAAAGUGCAAAAAAACGUUGGUUUAAGUAGAUUAAAAUGUAGAUUAAAAUGUUAAAUUAACUUUUUUAAAUAUACAUGUAUAUCAUCAUAUAUAAUCCUAUAGUUACAUCACAGCUUAUAACGCAGUGAAGAAUAUGCAAGUCAAAGGGACCUUUUAUAGUAAUAAUAAUAAUAAUAAUAAUAAUAAUAAUAAUGAAGUGAACAGGUUUGGUCAGCAGAUGAAGAAUCCAAAAACAUUCGACUGUAAAAUUCAUCUUCUAAUAUGAGUGUUGGCUUGCACACUGUGAAUUGUGUACGUACACAUUCAUUAUACUAGAAAAUUUGCCCAUUAUCCUAUUCCUGAAUUCCCUUGACUUUAUCCUAUUAUUCCCAAGUCGAACCAACGUACAAAAAUUAUAUGUACAUGACGUGUUUACAAACAGUACGCAUGUGCAAGCUGCUGGCCGCGGACGGAUGGGGCAUAUGCUAAUUACAUAAUUUACGUUGGCACAACACGUCACACCCAAACGUUUGUCUGUUUAAAAACGUCAUGUGCCACUAUAGUGUAGCCUGCGAACAGGCGGUUAUUAGAAGACCACCGAGCGAAAUAUUUCCAAUCCCUGCAUGCUAAACAUACGUUAUAGAAACUGAACAGAAUAACAUUUUACAAAAAUUAACAAAACUUGAAGAAAAAACACCAAAUAAUUUUCUUGAUGAACCUAUUUCUGAAGUGGAAGUUUUGAGUGCUGCAAAGACAUUAAAAAACAACAAAUCUGCUUAUUCCGGCAGGAUAAAAAACGAAAUGCUAAAGCAUAGUGUCAAAAUAUUACUUAAAUUAAACCAUAAACUUUUUAACCUCGUUUUAGAAACUGGACAUUUCCCAGUUCAAUGGUGUGAAGCUCUCAUUACGCUAUUUUUUAAGUCAGGAGACAUGGGCGUACGAGAAGGAAAAAAUUAGGGGGGCGGAAAGAAAUUUGCCAGACUUUUUCGGAUUGUGCCCGAGUUGCCAAAAAAAUUUUUCCGGAGAAACUUUCCAAAAUUGUUGUCGACGGGGG